AUGAGUAGUAGUAGUAGUACUACUACUGAUAAUAAUAAUAAUAUUGCCAAUACUGAUAGUAUAACCGAUUCUAUUGUUGAAAAAUUUCUAUAUUAUGUUCAUGAAAAUAAUUCAAUUCCACCAUCGGUAUUAAAAAAAUUUGAAUCGAUUAUUGGUAUUAAAUCAAUCGAUAAUUGGCAAAAUAUUAUUGAAAAUAAAACGCUGUUACAUUAUUUAAUUCAUGUCUUAUUACAAAGUGGUAUUGAUAAUUGGUCAUCAUUUUUAAUGUAUCAAUCAACACCGCCACCAGCUCCAACAACACUACCUCCAAUAUCAGUUGAAGAUGAAUUCUUAGAUUAUAUUGUAACUAGUGAUAGUUGUGAUACUUCAGAAGAAGGUGAUGAUGAUGAUGAUGACGGUGAUGAUAAUGCGAGAGAUGAUAUUGAAAGUGGAUUGGUCAAUUCGUCAAAUUGUUCUUUAGCAAGAACUUUAGUUAAAAGUACUUCUGAUAUCGUAGAUAUUGAUGAAUUUAUCAACUAUAAUGAAGAUGAUGAUGAUGAUGAUGAUGAAGAAGAAGACGAAGAAGAAAAGAGAGAAAAUUUGAACGAAGAUUGGGAUCACUUAGCUGAUCUUAAAACAGAAGAUGGUCUCGUUUAUAAAUCCAUUAGAAAAUUAUCAAUCAAUACAAAACGUAGAAAUAAAAAUCUAGAUCAUAAUAGUAGAUUAGAUAGUAGUAAUCUACCUUAUCUAAAUAGAAAUUACAUAGAAUUAAAUAGUAAUUUUAAUUUAUUAGAAUUUUCAAUUGAUCAAUUAACGAAUAUGAAUUAUUCAGAGCAUAAAAUUUCAUUGAAUUCAUUACAAAUUAUAAUGAAAAUUAUUACGGAUCAAUGUGAAUUUCGUAAUGCAUUUUACAAUAUUAUCCAAUUCUAUCACAAAAAACUUAUGCUGGUUCAUACUUUAUUAAAUGUAGAAUCCCUUAUCACUAUUGGAUCAAUAACAUUAAGAACAAUUAAUCUAGGUGAACACAGUGAACAUUUGAAUAAACAAUUUCAUUAUUUUGAAUCGGUCAAUAUGAUUUUGUUUUUUAUAUCACUUGAAGAUGUUUAUCGAUUCACAUAUGUUCAAGGGAAUAAAUUUGUUAAUCAUCAAACAUUUAAACUAUUUGAAGAUAUUGUGAAUUCACCAGAUUUAACAAAGAAAGAUAUUUUGGUUUUCUUAAAUAAAUAUGAUAUAUUAAAAUCAAUAAUUUCACAAAUCAAUAAUGAUACUAAUCAAAUUACUAUCAAUAAGGAAGAUGAUAAAACAGAUUGGAAUAUAUUUAUUCAAAUGAUUAAAUCUUAUUUAAUAGAAUUACAUAAUCAUGCAAAUAUGAAAGGUUCCCAUUUAUAUUUUCAUAUUAUCUGUUCAUUAGAUAUAGAUAAAAUGAAAUGGAUUAUUAAAGAUUCUAUACGAACUAUUUUAGAAAUUAAUCGUAAACGUCAUUUAAUAUUUUAA